AUCAGAUCUCAAGGUGUUUGAGGACGAGACAGAAGGCAAGAAGCAAUAUGAUGAGGAAGAAAUUUUCAACCUUAGCUGUGCUGUUGGCGUUUGCACUCUCCAUGGUCGUCCUCCAUUACUCCUACAAUGGCGGUAGCACGUCCUCCUUCGCUGCACUCACCUUCCUUCUUUCAUCCGCCAACGCUAGACCCGCUUCUUUCUCACCUUCCACAGGGAACACCAAGAGCGUCAGGAAGAGGGGAGGCAUUACUCGUGAGAAGAGCAGGUUGGAGAAGAUGGAGGAAGGGCUUGCCAGAUCGAGGGCAUCCAUUAGAAGGGCCAUCCUGUUCAGAAACUACACCUCUCGCAAGCGGCAGAGUUACAUCCCAAGAGGCUCUGUCUACCAUAACCCAUACGCCUUCCAUCAAAGCUACAUAGAGAUGGAGAAGAGGUUGAAGAUAUGGGUCUAUAAAGAAGGUGAACCACCUUUAGUCCAUGAUGGUCCAUAUAGUGAUAUAUAUUCGAUCGAGGGCCAAUUCAUCAACGAGAUGGACCAACAUGGUCCCUUAAUCGCCAACAAUGCUGAAGAAGCAUUGGUCUAUUUCCUUCCCUUCAGUGUCACCAUAAUGGUUCGCUUCGUCUACAAAAAGCGUUCUUAUGAUAUGGCACCUCUCCAAACGAUAGUAAGAGAUUAUAUCCAACUCAUCUCAACUCUGUACACAUAUUGGAAUCGGACCAAAGGCGCAGAUCAUUUCAUGCUCUCCUGCGACGACUGGGCACCGUAUGCUGCUAGAAAAGACCAAGAUCUCUUUAGGAACUCCAUUAGAGUCCUCUGCAAUGCCAACAGCUCGGAAGGCUUCAAUCCAAAGAAGGAUGUCCCUCUCCCAGAGUUUAACAUCAGGAACUUUGAGCUCCCAGCUCCCAUUGAUAAUUCAUCCCCACCUUCAUCGAAAACCAUCUUGGCAUUUUUUGCAGGAGGUAACCAUGGUGCCAUUAGACACGAGCUUCUCCAACAAUGGAAGGGCAAGGACUCACAAGUUCUCGUCUUUCAUCGCCUACCAAAAGGCCAAAACUACACAGAGCUCAUGCUCAAGUCGAAAUACUGCCUCUGCCCAAGUGGGUAUGAAGUGGCCAGUCCCAGAAUCACUGAAGCCAUACUUGUUGGCUGUGUUCCUGUGCUGAUAUCUGAAAGCUACGUUCUUCCCUUCAGUGAUGUUCUUGACUGGUCCCAGUUCUCUUUGUCGAUUCCGGUUUCCAGGAUACCUGAGAUCAAGGAGAUUCUUAGCGCCAUUCCUGAAAGCAUAUACUUGAAGUUGCAGUCAAACGUCUUGAAAGUUCAGAGGCACUUUGUGAUUAAUCGUCCCCCGAAGAGGUUCGAUGUUAUGCACAUGUUGUUUCAUUCCAUAUGGCUCAGGAGACUGAAUGUGAGACUGCAUGAUCUCUAGACAUCUCUCUCUUCUUACCCUUUGCAGUUCUUAGUUUCCAAUUUAUUUUCUCUUCUGCAAUAGGGAAAGUUUUCAAGAACAUACUGGUGAUUAUGAAAAAUUCACCUGAUUCUUCUUGUGUCUGUAUAGGUCAAUGGAUCCUGGCUUUCUCUCAUUCAAGUCGGCUAUUGAAGUUGUGAAAACUAUUUGAAAUAGACAGCUUGUAUGACGGCCCUUUUGGGACAAAAAGGAACUGUAUUUGGAGUCUGUUUGGUGGG